GAGAGGAGGUCGAUCGUUCCCCAUCUCUCUCGCCUCAGCUUCUCCUCCCUCCUCUCGUCGGCGACGCACUCCACGGCGGCGCUUCUCCACCGGCGGGGAAGCGCCGGUGCUCCUCUCCGGCGACGCACGACAUGGGGAAUUUCGCAUCGAGUGAUGCUUCUUCUUCAGUCAAAGAGGCACAAAGGGUAUCAGCAACCACCUGCUUGCUACCACAUCUAAUCUCCACGCCAUCACCGAAUCUGGUGCCCAAGGACUCAAGGAGGAACCACUGGGACUCUGAGAGCAUUCAAGAUUGGUUGGAGAUGGCUGAAUCGGCCGGGCCGCGGGUGUACAGCUGCUGCCAUUGCCGGAACCGCGUCUGCCUCCACGACGAUAUCAUCUCCAAGGCCUUCCAGGGGAGGAAUGGCCGCGCAUUUCUCGCCUCUCACGCCAUUAACAUCACCAUGGGGGCCAAGGAGGACAGGCAGUUCAUGACGGGGCUUCACACGGUCGCCGACAUCCACUGCCGUGACUGCCGCGAGGUGCUCGGAUGGAAGUACGAGAGAGCCUACGAGGAAUCCCAAAAGUACAAGGAAGGCAAGUUCACAUGGUGGCCGAGCUACAGCCCAUGGUGGGCAAGCUCCAGCACCGCGUGGAGCCAUGGCAGGGGCGGUGGCUUUCUAAAGCCGCCCGAACGGUGCUAGUCAACUCGUCCCUAUCCAGCCUGCUCUUAUUCAUAAUGAGCUUCUACAGCCUGCCCGAGACUCUACACCAUGAGAUUGCCAGGGUCCAGGGUCGCUUCUACUGGGCCGGUGAGGGAGACAAGCAGAAGUACCACAUGGUACGAUGGUCUGAGAUUUGUAAGCCUCGCGAUCAGGGCGGGCUUGGGAUAAUGUGCUCCAAGCGGAUGAACAUUGCCCUCCUAACUAGAUGGCUUUGGCGGAUUACGAACGGCGAGGGUGACCUUUGGCUUCGCAUCAUUCAGCAGAAAUACCUACGAGACCGACCCCUCGCCUUUUGCCAGCGGUCCGGUGGUUCCCAG